ACCGAAAUGAGUAGAGUAAGUGCACCACAAAUGAAAAUACUAUUGGAUUUACUUAGCGAAGACGGCGUGUUGGUACGUGGGAAGGUGUCAUACACUAAUACAAACAAACUUAAUUUUUGGAAGCGCAUCGCAUCACAGCUUAACGCCGUUGAUGGUGGAGUUUAUAAAAACACAUGGAAAUGGUGUAAGAUGUGGGCAGACUGGAAAAAUAAAACUAAGAAGAAAGCCAAUAUACUGCUUAGACGGAAAAGCUACAGUUUUGCUCACCCCUCACCAACACUAACUGAUCUUGAAUUGAGACUAUUAAAAAUGAUUGACUACCCAAUUGAAGAUAAAGCAGAUGCAAUGAAACUGGAAAUGGGAGCAAACAAAGUUGAAUUAUCAGAAAUUUCUGAUGAUGUAUCUGCUGCGUAUUUGGUGGAGGAAUAUAAUGGUUCACAACCAAAUAAAGAUAGAAUGUCAUCUGAUGAGGAUGACAGUGCACCAGAAUGUUUUGAUCCUGCUGCUGAUAGUAAAUUUUGUGUUGUAGAUGAUAUGUCUGAUGAUGGUAUCAAUUCUAAAAUACAUGAAGAAUCUUCAGACAUUGAAAAGAAAGUGAAGUGGAAAGGGAAGACAUAUAAAAAGAAAAAGUUCCAUGAGUACAAAAUAAAGACUGAAUUAAUACUCCAGAAACAGAGAGCACAGCAUAAGAGUGAAGAAUUAAGGCUAAGAGCUAUAGAACUGAAAUUAAAAGGAGAAGAAUUGAGAUUGAAAGAAAUAGAAAUGAACAAAAUCAACUAUUUGACCAAUAUAGAGGAAGAGAAGUUGAAAUGCUUUAGAGAAAUCUCAACGUCAUUGAAAGAGUGAGCAUUUUUGCUGUUUUUUGUUAUAUUAGUUAUGCCCGUUAGCAUAAUAAAUUUAUGCAGGUUGCAGAGCUACACAUCUCUUUAUAAUAGUCAAACUUCUUAAAAAAAUAUGAUAUUUUUUAUAUAGACCAAUACAAACAAUCAUACUCAUUUAUAUAAAUGUUUAUAUCAUGUCAGGAAUCGAAACCUGCGACCAACAGAAAUAAGGCGGCGUACCAUACCGCUAGGCUA